AUGCAACCUCAAGACCUCUCCAAAGCAUCUCAUUUUACAUCCUCGAUCGAUGUUGACCCCAACUCGAUUGACUUUGGUCUCACUUCCCUCCCACCUGCUUCGCCACUGAUCAAACUGCGUUGUCGACCUUUAUGGUUGAGACGCUGUAUCGUCGAACACUCCAACACCACCAUCAACAACAUCUGCCUCCAAGUCUACCCCCAGCUACUCCCAAUCUCAAGUUACAAACGCAACCAUCUUUUGCUGCCGUCGUUGCAUCCAGUGCAGGUACAAAGCGUAAGAAGAAGCCUGCUGCUUCGUCCUCCUCCAUCUGCCACCAGGCAUCCGCUACUCUUGCUCGUCUUUUUGCUCCCUCAAAGUGAUAUACCAUCUGGUUAUCAAUUUGUGUACUAUGCUACUCCUGUCCGCCGUCGUCUUUCUGAGCUGCGUCGCCUUGUUCAAGGCGUAGGAUUGAAUAACUCUCGUGUGCUGGAUAUUCAAUAUCCUGUACAGAAUGUGAUUUCUUUCCUUGUUCACAACGACUAUGUUCUCACCCUCACCAAAGCCAUGCAUCUACAUGGUCGUGGCUCUUCUCCGUUGAUUGACUUUGAUCCAUGUGAUCCAGUCAAUCUCAAAGAUCCCAAAUUUGCUUCUCUCUCUCGUGAUCUGCGUGUCCAAAAGGCCAUUGAGGUCGAAAACCUUCGCUGCCUUCGUUCGCUGUCUUUUGUCCGUCGCUCUGUCCAAGAAAUGCCUGCUCGUUCCUCCUCCUCUGCUGCUGCUAAACCACCAUCCCGAUCCUCUGAUCAAGAGCGUUUAGCCAAGAAACAACGUUUGAGUUAUCUUGGCUACCUCUUGCAUCAUGAUGCUGAAACUGCCUCUCUCUUGGCUUAUGCUGUCUCCCCCACUCUCUCUGCCUACCAAGGAUCUUGA